AAACCGCAUUAAUGUGCUAGUCGGUCCCAACACGUGACUCAUCAGAGUUACACCAGCCUAAGCUACUUACAACAUUGAAGUCGUCGAUAGCCCUCCCCACAUUACUGGCACGCUUUGAAAAUGGGAACCCAUCGGGAAAGUGUCAUCGAAGCGUUUGAUGAGUUCCGACUAGAAAUCGACGAACAUCAUGACCGGAGAGAACGACUUAUCAAGAUCAGCCGGGAUGCGACGAACCUUUCAAAGAAAGUCAUCUUCCUACUCCAUCGAACAAUGACAGAAGAAUCCAAUAAUGACUCUAAUCCCUCUCUACGAGUAGUUCGUCGCGGUCGUGAAAAGCUUCGGGAAGUGCAAGCGCUAUAUGCGCAAAUAAGGCCCGAGGUACAAGCUGAGCAGUUCUGGCACUACCACAGAUCAGUAUCACCCGGCCUCCAAGAGUAUAUUGAAGCACUGGGCUUUGCUCACUACCUCGAGCAUGGCACUCUGGUGUCAUAUGAGGAAGUCCAACUUUCCCUUUCUGACGAGAAUGGUAUACCUUAUUUCACUCUUGCGAAGGAAGAUUACUUGCUGGGCUUGUCAGACGUCACCGGCGAACUCAUGCGAUUUGCGAUAUCUGGAAUAGCUCAGAAGGGUGGUCGCACUAGAGCUAGAGAAGUGUGCGCAUUCGUCAGGCAAUGCAAAGCAGAUUUCGAGCGCUUCACUCCUUACGUGAGGGAGUUAUCCAAGAAACAGGCUGUAACCUCACAAUCUCUGGAAAAGAUUGAGGACGCUGUGUAUGCCAUUGUGGUUCGAGGAUCGGAGUACGACAUCCCCCCUGAUAUGUUAGACGACCUCAUUGCGCAGUCGAUCUCACCCUUCAGUUCUGCUACGAGCGCGAAAUCAAGACUUGGUCAAAGCGACGUUCGGAGCGGAGAUGAAUACCAAGAUGAGAUUUGAAGCAUUACUUGGUUUGACAAUACGAGCUUGGUUAAUUAAUCAACGCUCGGUCCAUUGGCUCCCAAAUUACACCAGCAAAGCUCGCCCUACAAAUAUUUGCUUCAUAAAAAGUGUGGAAAUCCCAAUCCGAAUCUCAAACACACCAAGUACAUAAUUACUUUAAGUUUGGCCUUAUCUUAUCGCGAACAUCGGUAUCGAGUCAGGUGCCAAUGCGAAAUGGGAGUUCCCGGUCAACACAGCGAUAUUCUGUUCGUCUAUGAUCUUCUUUAGGUUGAAGAGUAGUCCUGAA